AUCUGUGCAGUUGUAUUUUAUCUUAGCUUCAAGUAGCUGUAGGAGCUAAAUUAUUCUCAACUCAAAAUCGCCUAUCGCUCUGAUGUUUUAAUGUGCCCAUAUCUCGACGAAAGCAGACUGAAGUCAUGAAUAAGUCAUAAACUUGAUUUUUAAUUUUGGAUUUAGGCUGAGCAUAUAAUUCAGUUCUUCCAUUCUCUCCACAUGACAUUCGAUAUUUGUACAAGUUGGUCGUCGAAAGUGGAGUCCCACGAACGUCUAUUGCUGGACGGCUGCUUCGACUUAUUCCACUUGGGCCACGCGAAUGCACUGCGCCAGGCCAAGCAGCUGGGGGGCUAUCUGGUUGCUGCCACUCACUCUGACCACGAGAUUCGACGCUGCAAGGAGGGGGAGCCUAUUUACUCUCAGAGCGAGAGGGUGAAAAUCUUGCGUGCUGUGAAGUGGGUCGACCAAAUCAUUCAAAACGCACCCUACAGCUUGACAGUGGCGGAUUUGAAGAAGUUCCGAGUGGACUACUCGGUGCACGGGGACGACAUCAGCAUCGGGGCCGACGGACUAGACUGUCAUUCGGAGACAAAGACGGCCGGAAUGUACAAGAUCAUCCGACGCACCCGAGGCAUCUCCACCACCACCAUCCUCGGCGCACUCAUUCGGCUGGUGACACAACGAGAGACGAGAGAAGUAAACGGCAACUACAAUCACAGCCAACAGAACAGUAAUUGUGACGAGAAUACUAGUCUGGGAGAAGUGCAUAAAAUUCCUCAACAGAAGCUGUCCAAAUCCGCAUUUGCGAAGGAAGAAAAUUGCGGCAAAGUUGCGGCCAAUGUGUGGUGUAGAUCUACAUUUUUUGACAGCAGCAGUCCCAAUCAUUUCAAUUUAAACAAAGAGAGCAAGAACAACUCUAUAACUGAUGAUGGCGAGAAAGAAUUAACAAAUAAACCAAUUGUUUACACCUGUGGCUCUUUUGACCUAUGUCAUGCUGGAACAAUUGAUUUUCUAGAAAAAGCGAAGAGUCAUGGAGACUAUUUAGUGGUUGGGUUGUUCUCAGAUCAAACUAUAAGUGGGCUGGUUGGUCCAAACUAUCCCCUUAUUAGCUUGGAGCAUCGAGCUCUGUGUCUGUCUGCGUUGUCUAUGGUUGACGAAUUGGUAAUUAAUGCUCCUGCUAACAAUCACGAUCAAAUGCAGGUCAUUAUGGAUCAUUACAAGGUUACUCAUAUCGCCAUGAACUCAAUGAACCAUAUCGGACCAAUCACACCAUCCGACGUGGAGUUGGGUUUCCAUAUUAAGUACCCAUUAGAAGAAUCAUCAAUCGAAGCCAUUGAGAUCCCAACCGAAAUAAACUUUGAUACAAUUCUGACCCGCAUCAAAAUCAAUUCAGUCAAAUUAGGUGAAACUUUCGAAAUGAAAAAUUCCAAGACAUUGCUAUUUGAAUUACCAGGGGAGUUCAAUUUAAUUUGAAGUAA